AUGUUCCAGCAGCUCACCGAGGGCAGCGCCAGCCCGUCGAUGAGCUACGAGGACCUCGCCGGGCCUGCCGCCGCCCUCCCUGCCGAGCCGGCGUUCUCGCGCGCCUGCGACGCCCACGGCUUCCAGGGCAGCAAGCGUAAGGUGUUCCACGAGGCUUUGGACAUCGAUGGACUUGGAGAGAUCUCCAUAAAGGACAUGGCCUUCCUGGAGCAGGACACCUUCAAGCGCAGGGUGGCCACAGACAUGAGCUUCAACAUGGGCCUCGCGUCGGCGAAGGCCCAGCAGAAGAUCGUGAGGCGCCGGACACGCCGCAUGCAGCUCGCUCAGGAGUCCGCAGUCAACAUGUUCAGGCAGAGGGUGCGUGCCGAAGCUGGCGGGUCCUUCAUCCGCGGCUGGCGGCGGUUCAUGGACCACUCUGGCAACCUAUGCGUCUCCAAGGUGUCGCUCCUGAAGGGCUGCAGGAAGGUCGCGUUUGCCGGCGACUCCGUGGCGCUCUGGAAAGGCCUGGACCUCGACGACAGCGGCGCCAUCGAGCUACACGAGGUGGAGCCAGGCCUGGCGCUGGCGCUGGCGCGGUUCAAGAGGUGGGCGGUGCCGAAGCUCGGCGGCUGCACGGAGGCCGUGCAGAAGCUGGGCGAAUCCAUGGGCCUGGGCCAGCGCGGGGCCGCCCUGAAGCUGAGCGUCGACGACCUGGCCGCGUCGCUGCGCUCCAGCGGCUUCCCCGGCGUGCCCGGGCUGCCCGACAGGGCGGCCGCUGCGCUGCUCCACGAGGCUUUCGACCUACGGGGCGUCGGCAGCAUCAACGGCCAGGACGCCGCGUUCCUGGAGCGAUGGGAUCCCGCCCCCUGGCUGUGGACUGACCCGGACGAGGUCCAGAAGGACCACUUCAUCUCCCUGCUGCGGCAGCGCUAUGGGAGUCUGCUGGUGGCCUGGAGGAGAAUUGACGGGAGGGUUUCCAACAGAGUGUCCUACAAGGAGUUCACCGACGCCUGCAAGGCGCACCGGUUCCAGAGCCUAAACGUGACUGGCAUUUGGGCGGCGCUGGACACCCAGAUCAGCGGAUUCAUUUCCCUGAGAGACCUGGACAAGGAGUCGGCCGACGUCCUCAUGAGAUUCAAGGAUUGGGCUGAAGGCGUGUUCGGCAACCUCCAAUUCGCUUUCAAAGUGAUGGACGAGAAGAAGGCGAACGCCUUGUCCUACGCCAGAUUUAGAAAGGCGCUGCAGGAUUACGGGUACAGGGGCGACGCCAAGGUGCUCUUCGAGAGCCUGAAGCCGGGCGGAGGGGACCAGCGCCGCAGGGACGUGCGGCUGACCCUGGAGGACCUGAUGUACCUCUCCUCGUUGCGCACCGACCUCGCGGGCUUCGGGGAGCCGGGCAAUGGGAGGUUCUCGAGGAGGGGCUCUCGGAGCUCUCGGAGGCCGUCGGUGCAGCCCGGAUGCGCGCACACCCAGGAGUCGUUCGCGGAUG